GUGCCAGUGCCUGCUGGCGAGGCAGACCUACAGCACAGUGCCGCUAGGUAAUUCACGUAUAUUGCUGUCUGUCUCUCCGCUGCGUGAAGUGUCAAGUAGUGCCAAACAGUGCCACUUCAUCUUCCAAGGAGGUGGAAAGAAAGAAGAAUCAAAACAAACAUAAAAAGCGAGUGAAAAACACAUACGGAAGUGACUCAGUACUGCAUUACAAAACAUCCGUAGAGAAUAAUAACUUGCAAAUCGGAAACCUCUCAAGAUGCCUGACGAAGUAGACUUGGAAGCUCCCAGCGAGAAGAGGGAGCUCAGGGAACACGACGAGAGACACUGCCGAUGCUACAAGUCCAAGGGGUCUCUCCCGCCCCUCUCGCCCGUCGACGACAUUGAAAAGCCGAGUCUACAGAAGUCAACGUAUUACAGCCGCGUCACCAAUAAGUACAGCACCCAAAGAAUAGUGAAGGAAGGCCAGAAGCCAAUCAAGAAGGGGUUCAGGACGCUUCGAGAUGAGUGCUUGAAGGCCAGCAAACUGUACGAAGAUCCUGAAUUCCCGCCCAAUGAUUUUUCGAUCAGUUUUCAAGGCGUCACGAGAAGACAUUAUGAGUGGAAGAGACCGCAUGAGUUUUCCAAUGAUCCCCAUAUGUUCAUUGAAGGAGCUACCCGUUUCGACAUACAGCAGGGAGAACUGGGCGACUGCUGGCUCCUGGCUGCCGUGUCUAACCUGACGCAGAACCCUCGCCUCUUCCACGUCGUUGUGCCAAGGGAUCAGGGAUUCACACACAUGUACGCCGGCAUCUUCCACUUCAAGUUCUGGCAGUACGGCCGCUGGGAGGAGGUGGUCAUAGACGACAUGCUGCCCACCUACCACAACCAGCUGGUCUUCAUGCACUCGAAAACGGACAACGAAUUCUGGUGCGCGCUGCUGGAGAAGGCCUAUGCGAAACUGUAUGGUGGUUACGAGGCCCUUCGCGGAGGAAACAUCAACGAGAGCAUGGUCGACCUGACGGGGGGCGUCGUGGAGAUGGUCGACCUGAGGAACCCGCCGUCAAACCUCUUCAACGUCAUGAAGAAGGCCUACCGAAGGGCCGCGCUCAUGGGCUGCGCGAUCGAGCCGGACCAUCCGCAGAUGCAGUCAGAGAGUAUCCUGUCCAACGGCCUUAUCGUCCGCCAUGCCUACUCCAUCACAAGGGUCACUGAGGUCGACAUCGCCUCCGCUGCCCCCAAGUUGCAGGGCAAAGCGGAACUAGUCCGGCUGCACAACCCCUGGGGGAACGAGACCGAGUGGACGGGGGCGUGGUCCGACAAGUCCCCCGAGUGGGCCACGAUCUCUCUCGAGGAGAAGAAGAGGCUGGGGCUCACCUUCGACGACGAUGGCGAGUUCUGGAUGUCAAUUCAGGAUUUCGCGGACAACUUCACAACCCUGGAGAUCUGCGACGUGACUCCGGAGGUCUUCGAGUACGACAACGACAGCGACAGUGACAGUAGCAGCGACGAGGACGAAGAGGGAUGCCAGAGGAAGCAGCAGAAUGUGAAGAUGCGGUGGCAAAGGCUCAUGUUCGAGGGGGCGUGGGUGUCGCAUCACACGGCCGGCGGCUGCAGGAACUUCAUUCAAACGUUCGCGUCUAAUCCUCAAUACACGGUCAAGCUCGAAGACCCCGAUGAAGAUGAUGACGACGACCUGUGUACGAUGGUCGUCUCACUCAUGCAGAAGAACGUGAGGCAGCUCAAGAGGUAUGGGGCCGACUACCAGCCUAUUGGAUACACUAUUUAUAAGCUUCCUCCGGAAAUGGAACCAGGGGUCAAACUAGACACCGAAUUUUUCAAGUACAACGCAAGUUACGCCAAAGUCCCCUUCUUCCUUAACUGCCGCGAAGUAACUACGAGGUUCCGCUUCCCUGCUGGAUAUUACGUCAUCGUUCCUUCCACGUUCGAGCCAGAGAUGACCGGCGAAUUCCUUUUAAGAGUCUUCACGGAAGCCAAAAGGUUGAAAUCCUCAGCUCUUUAACAGCAUCAAACCGAUAUCGCGUCAUCUGUUUCGUCCAUGUCUUCGAAACCGAUUGUUAACGAGCGGAAAUUUACUUGGAUUUUAUAUGUAACAAGUAUAUUUACCAUUCGUAUUGCUAUUAAACAUAUCAAAAGAUAAGAAGACAAUACCUCUAAAGCUCAACCCAGGUAUAAACUGUAAUGGUCCAGCGCUACCUUCGACGCUGAACGGAAAACGUCUUCAAAGUCCUCCGUUUGGCUAUCAUCAUCUCCAAGACUUGCUCCCAGUGCUCUUUUCACGUGAUUCAAAAGCCGUGAUCCAUGUGCUUCGAUACCUACCUCAAAUUCAUAAUGAUUUACACCCUGCAGUGAUAAGUAAUGUGUUCCGUGUUGUGUACAAGCACUCCAGGGUGUCCGCCAUUGUCUUUCAUGAUUGACCUUAGAUCGUUUCUAUGUCUCUUUUGGGUAUUUGCCCUUCUUUUGUAAGUCAUUUUAUCAUGUUAUCUGUGUCAAAUCCUAGUUUUGUUCGCCAGAUUGUGAUUUAAUACUGUGCAAUAUGAUUUUUAUGAAGUGUUUUCAAUAAAAUGUUUUUAUGA